CGUCCGCCAGUCAGUCCCUCCGGACCUGCCGCGAGUCUCAGACUGCCGAAAUUACCGCGCGUCACUCGCCUCAACAGUGAUUCUGAAACUGCUUUUAGCUUCCUUCGCCUUGGCUUUCUUCUUUUUGUGAACAGCUGCUUGGCCCAUAGCUUAGAGAAACCAGCCUUUUUUUCUCUCCCGCGAAAGCCUCCUUCCUGUGCUUAGAAAGAUGGGGAGUGGAGAGCCUAAUCCUGCUGGCAAGAAAAAGAAGUACCUCAAGGCUGCCCUGUACGUGGGUGACUUGGACCCAGAUGUUACUGAGGACAUGUUAUAUAAAAAGUUCAGGCCUGCUGGCCCUCUGCGCUUCACCCGAAUCUGCCGUGACCCUGUGACCCGCAGCCCCCUGGGCUAUGGCUAUGUUAACUUCCGAUUUCCUGCAGAUGCUGAGUGGGCCCUGAAUACCAUGAAUUUUGAUUUGAUUAAUGGCAAACCUUUCCGCCUCAUGUGGUCUCAGCCAGAUGACCGCUUAAGAAAGUCAGGAGUUGGAAAUAUAUUCAUCAAAAACCUGGACAAAUCCAUAGAUAAUAGGGCCCUUUUUUAUUUAUUUUCUGCUUUUGGGAACAUUCUCUCCUGCAAAGUCGUAUGUGAUGACAAUGGCUCUAAGGGUUAUGCCUAUGUGCACUUUGACAGCCUGGCCGCUGCCAAUAGAGCCAUCUGGCAUAUGAAUGGGGUGCGGCUCAACAACCGCCAGGUGUAUGUUGGUAGAUUCAAAUUCCCAGAAGAGAGGGCAGCUGAAGUCAGAACCAAGGAUAGAGCAACUUUCACUAAUGUUUUUGUUAAAAACUUCGGAGAUGACAUGGAUGAUGAAAAACUGAAGGAAAUCUUUAGUGGAUAUGGGCCAACUGAGAGUGUUAAGGUAAUAAGAGAUGCCAGUGGGAAAUCUAAGGGCUUUGGAUUUGUGAGGUAUGAGACGCACGAGGCUGCCCAAAAGGCUGUGUUAGACCUGCAUGGAAAGUCCAUCAAUGGGAAAGUUCUAUACGUAGGUCGAGCACAGAAGAAAAUUGAACGAUUGGCUGAGUUAAGACGAAGAUUUGAACGGCUGAGAUUAAAAGAAAAAAGUCGGCCUCCGGGGGUGCCUAUCUAUAUUAAGAACCUGGAUGAGACCAUCGAUGAUGAAAAACUGAAGGAAGAAUUUUCUUCCUUUGGAUCAAUUAGCCGGGCCAAAGUGAUGGUGGAAGUAGGGCAAGGCAAAGGGUUUGGUGUUGUCUGCUUCUCCUCUUUUGAAGAUGCUACCAAAGCAGUGGAUGAGAUGAAUGGUCGCACAGUGGGCUCCAAGCCCCUGCAUGUCACCCUGGGCCAGGCCAGGCGCAGGUGGUGAGAAUAAGAAUGCUCAAUUUGGUGCAGCCUUUAGCUGGUGCCUACUUAGUUUGGGCUACUUUGUGAUAAGAGGUUAUUUUAUGGCAGGCUUUCUUUCUUUUUUCUUUCUUUCUUUCUUUUUCUUUCUUUCUUUUUGAAGUAAAUACUUUCUUUUGAAAAAAUAAGUAAAACUAGAAAACCUUGUUCAUUUUAGUGAAGAAUAUAAUUUCUAAUUGUAAAACUGUAAUUUUGUACCAUUUUUUGUUAAAAUAUCCUUAGGGAUAUAUAGAAUAAACUUUGUCCCUCCACAUAUUGUUUUCAUUAUUAUUAUUAUUUACCU